CUCCAGUAGACUACGCGAAGUCGGUCGGUGUGGGACCACCGCAUUCUGCUGCGGGGAAGCGGACUUGCGUGUUUUGUUUGCGCCGGCGUGGCCGGCUGCUCCCGUCGUCGGCUUGGCUACUCAGCUGUGUGUGACAGUGCGAACAGCGGCGCGCACCCGUGGUGACUCUGCGUGAGUGACGAGGCGCUGUCACCUAUCACUCCAGCCUCCCUCGAUCCACUGGUUUUAGUAGCGGUGAGCUAAAGGGUUAAGUGAGCCGCCAGAGCGAUGCUCUUGCCCGUGAUGCAGGGACGAAACUGACGUGCCGGCGACAUACGCGCUUCUCUCGCCCAUCUGCAUCAGUGUUCGGCGGCGUCUGCUUUUCUGGAGCAAGCGCGAUAGGCGGCCUCGGAGUUGCGGGAGCAAGAAAAGAAAACGAGGGGAGCCUAGCAGACGAUAUUGCUUUUAGUUUCGACUUUUCUGAAGAGCUUGCCUGGCUGCAGAGUUGUGGGCAAUAUAUUUCGCUUGUGCCGCUCCACUUUCCGAUUCGUGGCAGUAGCAGGAAGAGACACACACCUGUUCUUUUUUAUUCUUUUUUUUUUCACUUCACGCGCUCUGCAUUUUUUUUUAGUACCGCCAAGUGAGUAAAGUGAUCUUCUAGGGGCUUGCCGCCAAGAGCGUAGGAAAGCCCAGCACAAAGCAGAAGUCGUCGUCGUUCCGCUUCCGCUUUCCCAGCUGGAAGCUGCCGGACUCUUAGAGGUGUCGUCUCCGCGUCAAGCAGACGACAAGCCGUUGUUUUGCGCUUGACGCGGCAUCGCCGCUGUGUCCGCUCUCGACGAUGGUGGCUGCUUUCCGCCGCUGGCGCGGCCUGCUGCACCUAUAAUACCGCCGCGGCGCUUUCCUGGACGAUGAUAGCUCCCGCCGCGAUCUCGUAAUUUACAGGCGCGUGCUGAAAAGGAGGAAAUAAGCGAGACAGUGUCGCGAUGCUGCUGUGGCGACAACGCGCCCUGUGGACGUGGAUCGCGGUGCUUGCCGCGCUUUCGUGGACAUGCGGCGCCGACGAGGCGCGCGCGCCCGUGGUGGACAGUGCGUCGCGUGGACACCACGAGGCCGUGCCGCCGGACCCCGACGACCACACGGCGAGCACGGACGACGUGAUCGUGUCGCCCAUCCACCACCACGGACUCGGCGGCGGACACGCGAUCUCCGCCGGACACCGCGGCAACGGUGAGCGUGACGGGCCGCCCAAGCGCUUCCAGGUUGCCAAGGUGGACUUUCACCACGUCGCCACACCGUUCAUUAUAUCGGUGUGGAUAAUCAUCGCUGGAUUCGCCAAAAUAGGUUUCCACGUGACGCCCAAGUUGCACUUGAUCUGCCCCGAGAGCUGCAUUCUGAUCGUGAUCGGUGUGGUGAUCGGGCUGCUGCUCUUCUACACGGGCCUGACGUCAGUGGGGCCGCUGACGCCGGACGUGUUCUUCCUCUUCAUGUUGCCGCCCAUCGUGCUGGACGCCGGCUACUACAUGCCCAAUCGGUCUUUCUUCGACAACCUGGGUUCGAUCAUGACGUACGCUGUGCUGGGCACUGUGUGGAACGCUCUUACUAUCGGCCUCUGCCUGUGGGCAGUGGGCCUGAGCGGCCUGUACGGCACGGCCGUGCCCCUGCUGGACGCGCUGCUCUUCAGCUCCAUCAUCUCCGCCGUUGACCCAGUGGCCGUGCUGGCUGUCUUCGAGGAGAUUCACGUCAACGACGUCCUCUACAUCCUCGUCUUCGGCGAGAGCCUGCUCAACGACGCCGUCACAGUGGUGUUGUACCGCAUGUUCGAGGGCUACACGGACAUGGGCACGGAAAACAUAAUACCGACGGACUACGUGUACGGCGUGGCAUCGUUCUUCGUGGUGGCGCUGGGCGGCACAGGCGUCGGCAUCCUCUGGGGACUGGUGGCUGCCUUUGUGUCGCGCUUCACGCACCAUGUGCGCGCCAUCGAGCCCCUGUUCGUCUUCAUUCUGGGCUACCUGUCCUACCUCAGCGCCGAGCUGUUCCACCUGUCCGGAAUCCUCGCGUUGACCUUCUGUGGCCUGACAAUGAAAAACUAUGUCGAAGAGAACAUCUCUCAGAAGUCUCACACCACGCUCAAAUAUGGCAUGAAGAUGUUAGCCAACUGCUCGGAGACGAUCAUAUUUAUGUUCCUUGGUGUAUCGACGGUGAAUGACAUCCACGAAUGGAACACCUGGUUCGUCAUCCUCACCAUUGUCUUCAUCACCGUCUUUCGUUCUGUCGGCGUGGUUCUGCUCACGUGGCCCAUCAACCGGUUACGCGUACACACUCUCAACAAGGUAGAUCAGUUCAUCAUGGCGUACGGAGGCCUUCGAGGAGCCGUGGCCUUUGCCCUGGUGCUAGUUGUCAACGAGGAAGUCAUACCGACAAAGAAGAUGCUCGUGACGACCACCAUCGCUGUCAUUUACUUCACCGUGUUCGUCCAGGGCAUGACCAUCGGACCUCUAGUACGCCUGCUCAAUGUGCCACGGAGUGUCAAGAGCCAAAUGUCUAUGAACGAAAGGCUACACACCAGGUUGAUGGACCACUUAAUGGCUGGCCUGGAAGACGUGACGGGGCAGUUCAUGGGCAACUACAAAAUACGAGAUAAGUUCAAGUACUACAACAAUCGCUUUCUGAGGCCGAUGCUGCUCAAGGACCACAGCAUCCGCGAGCCCAAGAUCAUCGAGACAUACUCCAAGCUGAACCUUGCCGACGCAAUGAACUUGCUGAAGAACAACAACAGCCUGGUUCCUGUAAUGAACGGCGAAAAUGGCGUGUCUUUAGCUUCGCUCUUCCGAAGCUACACACAGACCAACCUGAGCAAAGGCGCCGCGUCGGCCAGCGGCGACACGCUGCGCGAGCUCGACCUUCCAGUGGACCGGUCGGCCACCGUGCUCAACUUCGACAUGAACGAGCUGCAGUAUUCGCCCAGCAGCAAGGACUACGCAGACGCCCAGCUGCACCACAUAUUGUCAGACUCCAUGUUCAAACCAUCUAGGAAGGUCAAGCGGCUGUACAAGGACCGUGUGGACGGGUACGAGGAGCACCCGCCCUUCCACCACCACAUGCGCAUGCAAAUCCGCACCUUCUUGGGAGAGGAGAGGCGACGCAUGCGCAAGGCGCGCAACGGCCGCCUGCCACGCCACGAUGGCAACGACGGGGCCCCACUCACCUGCCGACACGUGCACGAACCGCGCAAGAUUCCCAAUGGAGAUAAACCACAGCUACGCUUCAGUCUUCCGAUGAACGGCGACUGUUCGCUCAACGUCGACUGCCACAAGGUUACAGCGCCAAGCAAUUCGACGUUGAAGUCCGAGGUCAGCUCGGCCUUGCAGCAUAGCGGGGAGGAUGAAGGCAUCGUCUUUGUGGCUCGUCCGACAGGCGAAACGCCGCCUAAAGGCUCCCCGCGCUCGUAUUCGCCCCCGCCCGAAGCGGAGGCUCUGACGGAGACCGAGACCACGCUCCCCUGGAAGCGCGACGACGUGCCUGACGCGGCGGGAGUGCGCGCCCGCUGCGGCAGCGGCGACGGCGGCGUCCGCCAGCGGGAGUUCCCGUCAUGGAUCGACAAUCGCGAGUACAUCGCCUACCAGUCGCCCACGUCCACAAUUAUCGGUCGGUUGGAUCGCCACAAGCGCUCAACUCCGGAUGUCUUCGAGGUGUUCCAACUCAAGUCAUCGGGCGCGCCGGCCGCCCCGAUGGAAGAGGUGACCGAGGAGGACCAAGAUGGCGGCUCUAUGGAAGUCGCCGGCACCCCGUCGGAGUUCAGUGGCGAGCUUGCGCAGGCGCCACCGCAGGUAGAAGGCACAGGAGAAGGCCCGCCGUCUACAGCGUCGACAGAACCGCUAGCGCCGACUUCUCGUUGGGAGGAGACGGUCAUUGACUUAGAGAGCGACGAUUCCGAGAGCUGUGGCUCGAGGCAUGUGCGGCUGUGAUGUGGAUGGAGUUUUUGAUGUUCCUGUGACCCGUGGACACCACAGGCAGUCCUGGUGGACAAGAGGUCUUGUUGUAGUGGCCCGAGGGCGAGAAACAGCAAGUGACGACAGUGCUUCUCUCUGUGCUUGACAAGCUGUGCUCGACUAUAUCGUACAGUGAGCAUUCGACAGACCCAGCCGUUGACAAGCUACGAUGUUUAUGAUGCUGUUGUCACUUCACACGUGUGAAGGAUCGGCACAGCGAACUCAUAUACGCGCAAUUCGUGCGCGUCGCCUGUUGCUGGUUUAGCCGUGGUCCAGAUGGGGAAUUUAUUCUAGCUGUAUUGGAUAAUAGGCUUCCUUAAUUUUUUUGCGCGGAUCACGUAGUUCAAGUAUCCUCACGCAAAAAUUCCCGAAAGGCGUUUUUGUUUUCCGUUCCCAUGACUCAAAACAGCGGCUUGCGAGUUGUCAACUGUGACGGAAAAUGACACUUUCUAUUAAUUUUAUGUACUGUGUUAUAUCGCUGGAAGCGGUUUUUUCUUUUUCGCGCAUGGCACCACGCCAUAUAUAAAGACAGCUGGUGUUGCCAGCGGACGAGGACGUGCGAGAUCUCUGAUACAGGUGCAUUUAUGAAGAGUUGUGCUCUUUCCUUAAGCUUUGUACAUACGAGCACAAAUUCGUCCUUACAGCAGCUGGCAAGCCGUGCCGCACAGUAAUGACCGAUAUCCGUAAGAAGGCUUCGGUGGCCAGAAAUUCCGCAAUGCAGGUUUUCUCAGUGCUAUAUAGUUCGCCGGUUUGAUGCCUUGAGUAAAGCACUUUGACAGAAAGCUUGUUUAAUAGGAAGCCUUGACACUCAGGAAGAACGAUGCUGACGCAGCAAUCAGACUGCAAAUGGAGAUGCUUCCUUAUAGAUUUUGCGGAGCAUGGUUUGAUGGAUCACUUUUAAGCAGCGGUAACAUCAGCGCAUUCUCUGGUAACAACGAUAAGUUGCCAUGCGCUUCCCAGGAUGUUUCAGACUAGUAAAACAACGGAACAUGCCACGUUUAAUGCGUAUUUCAUUCCCAAACACGUCCCAGCUUGUAAAUGCUUAUGCUGUGGCUUACCGCGAGAGCGAUGCAGGGUUAAUGCCACUUGCUCUACGUUACCAAUAUAUUGAUAUAUGUCCAUACGGCAAGAAAGUUGUUUGCUAGGAUAGAGCACACAGCGCGGUCCAAAAACAUCUUACGGUCGUUACUUAAUGGUCUAAGGCCUACUCUUUUUAAUGGUCUAAGGCUGUUGUGGCAAUCCGACACCAUUUCAGGAAAUAAAUCGAACUUAUGUAAUUUGACAACUUUAGUAGUAGUAGCGCGUACAUUGUCAGACCCAAAGCUUUCGCGAUGGCAUGCUGUCUGCUGUCAUAGUUUGUUCUUCAUAUUCCCACACCAGUGUAUGGCUAUCAAUGUUCCCAGGUAACGGUAGAUUACAAGUCCUAGGGAACAUAGAAUUCUAGUGUAAUCCUCCAGUAAUGUUUAGAUAGCGCGUCACAGAAACGCGAGAACGAAUCUGCUUCUCUGUUCUCUUGGUAUUUAGAUAUAGCGACUUACGUCAUAUAUCGACUUACGUCAAGGAUUCUUACGUCAAAGACGUAAGAAUCCUUGCUACUUACUCGUGUGAAACUUAGUCUUUAGUUUGCUUUUAUUCAGAUUUAUUAGUCUUGAAGGUGUGCUUAUAGGCGCCGCCAUGGUAGGCGCGGAAGUAUGAAAUGACGACUGUUAUUGCCAUCACUGCUUGGGAGCGGAACAGCGGAUAGCAUACGAGUGCACUCAUGUCUGGCAGUAUAAUUUCUUUCGCGCCGAGCAUCUGAACACGGUGAGUAGCGACUGGUACGUAUCGCGGUAUAUGGCACAGGUGGACGUAUUUUGUUCUAUUAAUUUGCGUAUGCUACGCGCAGUUUCAUGAACUCAAUGUGGUGAGCUAAGUCGUGCAUCCCUGAAGAUACAGGUUGUAUCUGCAUGUCAUGCCGAGCCUAUAUCAAAUGCAAAAUUCUUGCUUUCUUUUGGCAAACGUGAGAGUGCGUAAAAUUAUAAAAAUUGUAGGUAGCUCCUAUCGUACAUUUACAGCUUCAGCUGCUAUACGCUUUCAGAGAAGUGCGAAGACGUUAUUAUUUUGGCUGGAAUUAGGAUCAAGCUCAGGUUACAGCCAUCCAACAUAAGCUACACGGGGCAAUUCCGUUCUUCCUCCUUAAAUGAGUGAUGCGUGCUGUCUAACAGAUUUCGAGCUCGGUGUGAUGAAUUAACCUGACAAACACGACCUAGUUCAUUUCUGUAAUGGGCCAGUGAUCACAAUGUCACUCUUCAGACGUUGGUCCUAAUGUGAAUGAGAAAAGCCUACCGUUUACUUGUGAGUGCUAUAUACAUCAAAGUUUUUACGUGUGUGCACAGCUGUGUUUGCACUUUUAAGAGUUUACAGGUGCAGGGCCGCGUCCUGAGCGGAGCCUUCCUAGUCACGCGCUUGCGUAGUCGCUCGAGCAAAAAGGUCUUCGAGCCUUGGCGUCUACCCCGGGCAAAGCAGCGUUGCACAUAGCCUUGACAUUUGCGGUAUGCCGUCCUUGUCUCCACGUGAUUUACCGAUUACCUUCCCGCUGAAAAGUGUCAAUGCCUCUACUAGUCGCGUCGCCUCCUUGGAAAGACAGUUUGGGCAUUGAACUGAGUUAGGAACCUUGUCUCUCUGUGCCCUCCCGCAAUGUUCGAAAUCCGUCACGCUGUUUCUGCGCAGUCUUGUUUUUCUUCUUCUUUUCUUCUUUUUUUAAAGCUCAGGAAAAACAUCGGGUAAGAAAGCCGACUAAAUUUGCUCGCGUUUCGUUCUUUUCUUGCAGCUGCCUGUCGCUGUUUCAACGCCGUCACCACCAUACUAUUAAAUUCUGAUUACGGCUGCUAUCGUGGAAAAAAAAAUAAAGGAACUUACGCAGUGACGUAAAGCGAAUACAGAUACAAAAGUUCAAAAAAAAAUACUGGUCUGCAAGUUUGCCAGGCCAGUGAAAAAUGCAUAAAAAACUUGUAUGCAUUUGGUAUCACUGUCUGCUUCAUAACGCAACAUGAGCUGCGGAAAAAAAAGAAAUAUACUUUUGUAAAUAACGAUAUCAACUUAAAUCAACAAUAUGAUAAGUUGGCACUGUAUACAGCCUAUAAAUGUUCUUUAUCUGAGGCUUCUUUCCCCGAUGUCCAUUGUUAGUUAAUAAACAAAUAUUUUUCCUCAUUAGAAUGCUAGGACGCCGCGUUCUCUGGUGCCUCUGUUAGCCUUAAUGCUUACACGCGCUGAGUAAGUCAGUUCGUUAAACCAAAACUGGCCAAACGUGCCAUGGUGCUUCAUGGGACCAUUCUGGAGAGCAUACACUGAGCUUCUGCAUAUUGCAUAUUCUCGAUGCCUUUUCACUGUUUUCUCUUUGCCUUGAUUCUUCUUCGCCCACUAGUGAAAAUCCGUGCUUUUUAGCCAUUGGCACACAGAAAGGGCCAGAAGACUGCACUGGCUGCCUUACCGCAGACUCCGGCAUUUUUCGUUUGCGGACGGGGAGAAAUGGCAGCCUGCAAUAGGAAAAGAAAAUUAGCCGCGUUUAUCGCGCAAUAGCGAUAGGCAGACUUCAUUCCAGCCUUUGAUUGAUAUUUUCACGGCACGUAUGUGGCGGCUUACAGUGAAUAGCCCACGUAGGCGUUCCUGUAAUAGCACGGAAAUACAACAAAGCACGGUCUGCGGUGUAAACACAGCUUCAGUUAUGUGCUGACAAGCAUUCGUAUACUGAUAUUUAGUAAAACGCCAAAAACUCUCGCGGAAGCAAGGGGCCACCUUAUAGUGAGAGCAAAGAAACGUAUAUUUUGGUCUAAGUGACACUACGGAGCGCGCCUACUAAAUGUCGGACCAGUCUGCUUAGCGUCUGCCAAUUGGGAACGCUCGUGCGACAAUCACGCCUCCGUUAUAUUUCCAGCUGGCACCUUAGUCAAUGCAUCCAUGCGCGAACAAACGGACGAGAAAGCUUCAUGCGGCACCAGCUUAACCGCAUGGCUGCGGCACGCCAGUCUGUGCGCAAGUAGUAGCCGGCACGUGACGAAGUUCCUAGGACACACUUUCCACUGAUAUCUGAAAUAAGCUGUUUGUUUUGCUAUCCUUGGUAUAGAAACACGUAUUGUUGUUUCCCAUGCUCCUUCCUCACACUGUCUGCAUUACCAUUUUUUUGAGCAGACCUACCAUUCGUCCUCCUGACUGUUUCAUUGAAAUGAUAGUGCGCGUUUGUGAGUUGUGUGGUGGUUGUUUACAUGUCAGAGUAGCUGGCUGCCGUGGUGUUAUUCUCGACAAGGUCAAGUCAAGGACAGUGACUCUCGUACGACGAGCCGGUUCGACUAUGUUUACUGUAACGAGAGCACGAAAUCGCCCACCAACUUUUUCGAGUAAGAGUGCUGCACCGAAUUGUAUCAUGUUAAGUUUUUCUUUCUUUUUUUUUCCUUAGGUGUUUACUUUUCACUGCGUCAAUAUGUGAAUUCAAGUCCGCCUUGUCUCUUUUUCUCUAUAGAGGUCUUAAGCACAUAUAACAAUGCGUGUAUAUAGAAAAGUAGAGCAUAGUUUGUUUCUUUUUCACUUGAAUUGUUGUAUUUAUUGCGACCGCAUGCAAGGUCGACAGAGACGUGAUCAAGAAACGACGCUCAUUAGCUUUGCAGAUCAAGCUAGUAUCCUCUGAUAAAGCUGUAUUCUCCCAAAUACUUAGCAUUACAUACCGUUAAUAUGGCAAACAGCUCACCAUCAUCCUAUUUGUAACGCUACGUGCUUCGAAAAUUAAAUAGAAAAUGAUAUACGAUCUGGGAACAAAAACAGCGUCAUGGCAGCCUCCAAAUGGACUCUUGUCUUGUUUACAAGUUCAUCAAAACACUCAAAACACGUACAAAACCAUUCCAAACAAGUUUCUGGUUUGCCAUGUCUACUACGCCACGAUGCGAAGGAAAUAAACUGUUGUUAUGAAAUGGCA